CAACCAGCGUAACUAACACGAACCUACAAUAUACUUUCAUUCUCGUAUAAUCUACUGUUCAAUUCCGUUGAUAAUGCAGCUGGUUUAAUGCAGUACAUAUCUCGAAAAGUGCGAUAAAAUAAGUAGAAAUGACGCAUAAGAAAUCCUUCAAUGAAUGACCUUGCGUGCAAGGUUAGAUUUCUCCGUCGAUUCUUAUAUGCGCGGUGGAACGUGAAAACAGUACAGUCGGUAUUCCAGAACAGUGUCAUGGCGCAUCAACAAUGACAGAAAGUGUGUUCCUUACUGACGAAUCCGGUACUAAAGUUAAUAUGUGGGGUGGUUUUCGUUGUAACAAGAGCUUCCUAAUAUUGUUCCUGGUUCAUGUGAUCGCGUUUCAAUGUUUCGUAUGUAAGUGUUUCUCUAACAACACGUACUUCGUGUCUUUACCUCGUCUAUUAGAUUAUAAGGAGCAUCACAAAUGGCAAGAGCUGAGAGACAAAGUGGAGUCGAUGAUCAUCGAGCAACGAGACACAUACGGGCUAACGUACAAUAUAAUCAAGAGGCUGGAAGGGCACGGGGUGUUGAGUGGGAACAAACAGGAACCAUUCGAUAGGCCUACAAUUUACGCCAUCACUCCAACGUUCGCACGCCCCGUGCAAAAAGCCGAAUUAACCCGAUUGUCACAAACGUUCCUACACAUACCGAAUUUCCAUUGGAUCCUGGUGGAAGAUGCGGAAAGGAAAACGAAGCUAGUUACCAGGUUCUUAGAGAAUAGCGGUCUAAUCUAUACCCAUCUGGCAGCUCCGACACCGCCUAAUUAUAAGCUGGGUCGAAACGAUCCGAAUUGGAAGAAGCCGCGCGGCGUUGAACAAAGAAAUGCGGCGUUACGCUGGCUUCGGGAGAAUCUGAAAUCAACCGACAAAGGGAUCGUAUAUUUCGCUGACGAUGACAAUACGUAUUCCAUCAAACUGUUCCACGAGAUGGAGAAGAUACAGAAGGUCGGCGUGUGGCCGGUGGGUCUGGUAGGUGGUCUGAUGGUGGAGAAACCGAUGUGCGAUAACAUUACCAAUAAGGUAAUCGGUUUCAACGCUGCCUGGAAGCCUGAUCGCCCGUUUCCGUUGGACAUGGCGGGCUUUGCCAUUAAUCUGCGGCUUCUCUUGGAGAACAAGGAUGCCCUCUUCUCGUACGACGUGGAAGGCGGUUACCAGGAAAGCGAAAUACUUAAACACAUUGUUACCAGGAAUGAGCUGGAACCGUUGGCAGAUUGUUGCACGAAGGUAUACGUGUGGCACACGAGAACCGAACCGCCUCAAUUAAACGUGGAGCAAUUAUUGAUAAAAAAGGGGAAACGAUCGAACGUAGGCAUCGAAGUGUGAUAAAAGGAUCAGGUAUUUGGCGUAUUUUAAAAACGUCAGAACUUAUGCCAUAAUCGAGGAUGUGAUUUACAACUUAAACGAACAAAUGGAACGGAACAAUAUUUAUAUACGCUCUUUUUAUCAUUUGCAACGUGGCUAUGUAGUCGGUUCAAUGAAAACAAUAAUGCAGUGCCAUAACGCGUCGCUUAUAGCUGCAUAUACGAGGAUUUUUAUUAACGCGAUACUUGAAUAAACGUAGAAUGUGUGCAUUGAUAGUAUGUAUGAAUAACGUUGCGCGGAUAUUGUUAACCUUUGCACGGUCUUUUAUCUUAGAUCUAGAAAUUAAAUUUCUACUUUCCCUGCAGCGUUUUGUUGUGGGAAUAAUAAAGCGCUCUUUAGUGUAUUUGGUUGCGUAACAGUUCAAUUUUUACGACACUAUUUCUUAUAUAACUCGUGUUACAAUUAUAUAAUUAUGAUGACAAUUGUAUAAUUGUGAUGGCAAUUGUAUAAGUAUAAUUAUAAGAGUGUAAUCACAAAAUGUAUUUCAAUGCAAAAAUACGAACGAGUGUCGAAUAUACACCUCUCAGGAAAGUGAUUGAAAUAGUUUUCACGUUCACAAUUAGCACAAAAAUUUCGUAAGAAUCGUACAUAUCAAAAUUGAAUUCUGUUAAGCAAUUUAAGUUUAGAAACAUUCUGAGAUUUAUUGUCGUUCUAAACGGUAAACGUUUAGCAAAAAUUGAUUUUUAAAAAGAGUCGCUUACAAUGUUAAGUCACAAAAAUCCACUGGCCGUGCAAGUGUUAAUGUUUUACCUGUUUGAAUCAAAGUUCUUUUACUUUUUAUAUGCCUGUUGGUGCAAUAUCCUUUUUUACACGACGAACAGUGCGUUUUAUUAUUCCGAAGGUUGUAACGAGAAAUUAACGUUUGAAUAAAGGAAAGUUUUAAACAAA